AUGACAAAGACCAACUUCGAAUUCUUGGUUAACUUAAAUGACGCUAAUGGAAAACUAAAAAGUUUCGUAAAAAAGGAAAAAACACAAAGGGAGAUUUUAUCUAUGCCCCACUCGAAAAGGAUGACCAUAUACCCCAUUCUGUCUUCCAGCGACAUCUACCUACACUUUGCGGUGAAAAAGUACACCCACAAUGAAAAUAACUUCCCCAACCUGAAGAACCUCAUCUCCAGCAGCGCCCAGGAAUUCUCAGAAAACGUUAAACAGAGUUUAAGGGCCAUAGGGAAUAGCAGCAAUAUCAUGUUCACCAAUAAAAAGACGAUCAUCCUAACGUACAGCAACUCCGAAUGCGUAAAAAGCUUGCUACUCAAUGUUGUAAAGAAUCAAAUGAAGCACGUGAGUGUGUAUUUUACCUGCACAGAACAUAUCUGUAAUGACUACUUAAAGAAGGACAAAAAAUUCGACGAUAAGUUUGUUGAAGAUCUGCAGAGGGAGCAUAUUCAAGUAACCAAAAUUAACCUUGACGAUGUUAAGGAUGUAUUAAGCACAAUCGAUUUUGUGGUCAUAGGAACAGAACUCGUAAUCGACAAUGGAGGAAUUAUUAACAAGAAAGGUAUUAGACAGCUAGCCCAAUUGUGUUCAUCAAAUAAAAAAGAAUUUUAUGUCACUUGUGAAGCGUAUAAAUUUUUAAAAAUUGAAAAAAUAAGAAAUUCUGCCCAGGAAUUUUACUCGUAUUGUACGGAAAAUACAGCUAGCGAAGGUAGAAAUUUGUAUGAAUUUCUUCCUCACCAUUUUAUUACUCUUUUUUAUACGGACAUUGGAAUUUUCCCUCCAUCUGCAAUUUCGUACGAACUGAACAAAUUGUACAUCAACGAUGUUUACUGA